GCCUGUAAGCUGGCCAGCCUGCUGAAGGAGGCCGAGCGGCGCCGCGAGGACCUGCAGGGCGAGCUGAGCGGCCAGGUGCUGGAGGUGGAGCGCUCCAAGGCCGACAUGGAGGAGCUGCUGCAGCACAACGCCCGUCUGCAGCGGGACUCAGAGGAACACCAGGCCCUCAAAGGAGCCUACAACGCCCUGCUCAACAGGUUCAAUGAGAGCGAGCGGCUGCUGAAGGAGCUGCAGGCGGCUCACAUCUCGCUCACCAAACAGAGCGACUCUCUGAGGAAGAACCACGAAGCUCUGCAGCUGCAGCACGAAAAGAUGGCGUCGGCGUUGGAGGAGCGAGAGGAGGAGGUCAGAUCCCUCCGUUCAGAUCUGCAGCAGAAGAACAGCGACAUCGCAGGGCUUCGUGGUGACCUGCGGGCCGAGGAGGAGAAGGUGAAGGAGAAGGAUCAAGAGCGGAGAGAUCUGGAGGAGACGGUGGAUGUUUUGAGGAAAGAACUGAACAAGACGGAGCAGGCCAGAAAGGACGCCAGCAUCAAGGUGACGAAGAGGAGACCGUUUGUCUUCUUCAGGCAGAAAAACACGGCAGUCGAAAUAUCAAAUGAUGCAUCAUCCCGAGUCUGGUCACACCUGCAGAUAUUUUGCAAGUUUGCAACUCAUAUUUUCAGGCCCCGACCCCCAAUAUUU